AAGUCGGAAAUCUUUCCUGAUUGCUCUUGAGUCUUUAGUAUCUUGUGUGGGAAGAGGGCUAAAUGGACUUAGGAAAUUUUGACAGACCUCUUCUGAUUAGGAAGACCUGUGCAGAUCCAUCAGUCUGUUUUGGAGCUGGAUUAGAGACCAGAGAGAAGAUGGAGGGACAACGCCCAGCUGGAAAAAGCCCUGCAGCUGCUCAGUCUUGGAGCUUUGAGAUAAAUGGGGCAAGUCCUGGGCAGAAGAACCAAGAAGAGGAAGCCAAGAGUUCAGAGGUCCAAUGCUGUCACUUCAGAAAAGUGCAGUUCCAGGAGGGGAGGGGUCCCCGAGAUAUUUGCAGUCAGCUUCACCACCUUUGCUGUCAGUGGCUGCAGCCAGAAAUACACACGAAGGCCCAGAUGCUGGACCUGGUGCUCCUGGAGCAGUUCCUGGCUUUCCUUCCCCCAAAGAUGGAGAAAUGGGUGCGGGAGUGUGGAGCGGAGACCAGUUCCCAGGCGGUGGCCCUGGCUGAAGGCUUCUUGCUGAACGUGGAUGUGGAAAAGAUGCAAGAAGAGUUCCAGAAAUCCUUGGAAGCCACGACUGAGUAUCCCAAG